CGCAAACACGACAGCGGCGCGGCCGACCUGGAGCGCGUCACCGACUACGCCGAGGAGAAGGAAAUCCAGAGCUCCAACCUGGAGACGGCCAUGUCGGUGAUCGGCGACCGGCGGUCCCGGGAGCAGAAGGCCAAGCAGGAGAGGGAGAAGGAACUAGCAAAAGUCACCAUCAAGAAGGAAGACCUGGAGCUGAUCGUAAGUACGGGCAGGAGGCGGAGCAGGCGGGCUGGCCCGGGGCACCUGUGCUCGGUGUCUGCUCCCCGGAAGACG